AUGAGUUUAAUAUCUCAAAAUGCUCGCUCUAAAAUAGAGACCAAGAGGGAGGAGGACAUUAAAGAAAAGGAGGUUGAAGAUGGGCAAGAGUCUGAUGUUGAUCCUAUGGAAGUGAAGAAGCGGAAGCGAGAUGGCAAGGCAGAACAGUUGGAAUUAGAACAAGUGAAAGAAAUGAAAAAGCUGGAAAACGUUUUGUUUGGGUCUCUCUAUUCCCCUCUUGAAUUUGGAAAGGGUGGUGAUGAUGAAGUGGAAGCUGGGUCUGCUGCAAAGGCUUCUGAAUUGUUCUUCACCGACCGUUCUGCAGAUAGUGUUGUCUCUGUUUACCAGGAGGAUGCUGACUUGUCAGAUGAGGAAGAUGAUGAGGCUUUGAAAAGAAAACCCGUGUGGGUCGACGAGGAAGAAGAAAAAGUCACUGUUAACAUAGCCAAAGUUAAUAGAUUAAGGAAGCUGAGAAAGGAAGAGGAUGAGGAUUUGAUAUCUGGUUCAGAGUAUGUGUCAAGGUUGAGGGCUCAACACGUAAAGCUCAAUCGAGGAACUGACUGGGCGCAACUCGAUUCAGGUGGGAAAAUGGAUGGAUCUUCUGAUGACGAGUUAACAGAUGAUGAUAAUAAAGCUGCUGUUGUGAGUCAAGGUUACGAAGACGUGGAUGAUAUUCUGAGAACAAAUGAAGAUCUGGUUGUGAAGAGCAGCUCAAAAUUGUUGCCAGGUCAUAUUGAAUACUCAAGGCUUGUAGAUGCAAAUAUACAAGAUCCUUCUAACGGUCCUAUAAAUUCGGUUCAAUUCCAUCGAAAUGGUCAGUUGCUACUUGCUGCCGGAUUAGACCGGAAGCUUAGGUUUUUUCAAAUUGAUGGAAAACGAAACACCAAAGUUCAGAGCAUAUUCCUUGAAGAUUGUCCCAUUCGAAAAGCAUCUUUCUUGCCAGACGGGUCUCAGGUGAUACUAUCAGGAAGAAGGAAGUUUUUUUACAGUCUUGAUUUAGUUAAGGCUAGAGUCGACAAAAUCGGUCCACUGCUGGGUAGGGAAGAGAAGAGUUUGGAAGAUUUUGAGGUCUCUCCCGAUUCUAAAACAAUAGCCUUUGUUGGUAACGAAGGUUAUAUUUUAUUGGUCUCAACGAAAUCAAAGCAAUUAAUUGGUACACUGAAGAUGAAUGGAACUGUCCGUACCUUAGCUUUCACCGAGGACGGACAAAAGCUGUUGAGCUCUGGCGGUGACGGCCAUGUUUACCAUUGGGAUCUCAGAACAAGGACUUGCAUACAUAAAGGUGUCGAUGAAGGCUGCAUAAACAGCACAGCACUUUGUAUUAAUCCAGGAGGGACACAUUUUGCAGCUGGUUCAGACAGUGGAGUUGUGAAUAUUUACAAUAGAGAGGAAUUUCUCGGGGGAAAGAAAAAGCCUAUAAAGGUCAUUGACAAUUUGAAUACCACAGUGGAUUUCAUGAGAUUUAAUCACGACUCUCAAAUAUUAGCUAUAUGUUCCGGCAUGAAGAAGAGCAGUUUGAAAUUAAUACAUAUUCCGUCCUAUACUGUAUUCUCUAACUGGCCACCGCCGAAUGCAAACCUGCACUAUCCCCGUUGUCUUGAUUUUAGUCCAGGUGGCGGUUUUAUGGCUGUCGGAAAUGCUUCAGGUAAAGUGUUACUGUAUAAGUUACACCAUUAUCAGCAUGCUUAA